AUGGCAGCGAAACCUUGCUCGCCUGCCGGAACGUACCUCUCAAUGUCUAGAAUCGACCAGCAACUGAACAAAUACAUUGGAAAGUAUGUCGCAGAAAAUGAAAAGUCGCGCCAAGUCAACAAAGACGCCUCGCAAUCGCUGCCGGGAGGGACUACCAGAUCUGUUCUAUACUACCAACCUUUCCCGCUGGCUUUCUCAGGAGGUCACGAAUGCCAUCUGACGUCGGUGGACGGCCACGAGUACCUUGACCUCGUGUCUGAAUACUGCGCCGGCAUGUUCGGUCACUCACAUCCAGACAUCAUCGCUGCCGUCGAAAGCGUCACAAAAGCUGGCUUCACGCUGGGUGGGCCGACGCCGAAGGAGGGUGAACUGGGGAUGCUACUAGUUGAGAGGUUCCCCAGCAUCGACGCUGUCAGGUUCUGUAACUCGGGAACGGAGGCCAACACAAUGGCGAUUGCUACGGCUUUGCAUUUCAACGGCCGGAAAAAGGCAAUUUGUGAGAAUGGAUAUCACGGCGGUACUCUUUCCUUUUCAAGCGGAAACCCGCUCAUUCUCCCUCAUGACUUUGUUUACGGUCGAUACAAUGACAUUGACUUCACUCGACGUAUAAUCACCGACGAUAUCGGCGUUAUUAUUGUAGAGCCGAUGCAAGGUGCAGCCGGAAUGAUUGCAGGGUCGAAAGAGUUCUUACAAUUCCUCAAAGACGAGUCGACUCGAACCGGCGCCGUCCUCAUUUUUGACGAGGUCAUCACAUCACGACUCAAAUACGGCGGGCUUCAAGAGCAUUUCGGCAUUACACCUGAUAUGACGACCAUUGGAAAACAUUUCGGCGGAGGAUUCUCGUUUGGUGCUUUCGGUGGCCGCAAGGAAAUCAUGGACUUGUAUGACCCGGAGUCACCGCGAAGUCUCUUCCAUUCGGGAACGUGGAACAACAACGUAUUUUCGAUGACUGCGGGCAUCGCUGCGACAAAGCUCCUAUCAAAAGAGGCUAUCGAGAGAAACAACGAGCUAGGCGACAAACUUCGUAACGAUCUUGCCGCGGCUUUUGCAUCAAGAAAUGCAUCGAUUGUCACACUCACUGGUUUCGGAAGUGUGAUUGGCGUGCAUUUCAACGGAGCGCUGGCAGACAAAUUGCGGGACCUAUUUUUCUUCUACCUCCUCGAUAAGAGGAUUUACGUUGGCCGUCGGGGUUUCCUUGCCUUGAAUCUCACACAUGGAGAGGAUCACAUUAGUCGUGUACUCGACACUGUCAAAGAGUUCUGCGCUGAGAUUCUGUGA